AUGGACACUGUCUCCCGGUAUUUGCUCUGCCCCCGCUUCGCCUCAGCUUGUGCCCCACCUAACCUGUGUGGCAAGAUUCCCAAGUUUGCAAUCCGCCGCUUUAAUCGCCUUAUGAGAGCGCACGGUCAGUUCCUCUUCGCCUGGGAGCGCACUCUGAUGAGCAACCGCCUCGUUCGUGCCUGCUCGAAGAUCCUCGAAGCGCGCCAGGCCAACUAUACCACCUGGGUUACUCGGGGCAAGAAUGUGAUUCGGCGCCGCCACGUCGUCGGGGCUGACUCUAAGCCCAUCAAGAUCAACCAGGGACUUGCGCUCCUUGAGAUUUGUGACACUCUGCACAGCAUUCAGUGUACCUUGCGCCAUAGCAAUGACCUGGUUAAGACCCUGCACCCUCACAACCCAACCAUCGUCAACUGCCACGAAUAUGAGAGCAGUGAGAGCGAGCCUGAAUCUGAGGCUUACCCUGGCGAGGACGACGGUGACUCCGACCUUGAGCAUGCCCUUGGCGGUGGUGCUGCAGAAGAUGAGGACACUCUCCUCGACAAUGAUGAUAAGGUUGUCGAGCUCGGGGCUGGCGAAGCUGACGGUGCCGUGUGA